AUGACGAAUCCGUUACCUGGCAAUACAGGCAACGGAAAAUUUUUAAGAGUGAUGGAUACGAAUAUUGAUGACCCAUUGGUCAGGAAUUUGUUAUUGACACUUGGAAACCAUGCUUUAGAUUCGGUCACCAAACCGAGGUGUCGUGGCUGUAGGGCUGGGUACUUCUGUGUUGGCGAUGGCAAUGAAGAGCGCUGCGGAGUCAACUCAUCAACUGAGUUUUCUUUUGGAUCUGCUGCAAGCUGUUCACCUUGUCCCGAGGGAUGGCUUUGUGCGAACGGCACCGCGCUUCCUUGUCCAGAAAGUACUCAUGUCAACUGUAAUGAAACGUUUUGUCCAGAAAAUUGUUUUGACUGCGAGCCUGGCACAGUAUGCUGGGGAGGGAUGAAGCAAGAUUGUACACCAGGACGAUACAGUAAUGGAAAAGGGUUUCCUUGCAAGUUGUGUCCUCCCGGAAGCUUUAACAAUGAGACUCGUGCACAAACGUGCGAAUGUUGCCCUGAUGGCUACUCCAGUACUUAUAUGAAAACCAGCUGCUGGCCAUGUCCUGCUAAUGAGUGGGCAAAGCAUGAAAACUUUCCGAACUGUUCAUUAUGUCAGACGUGCUUUACGCCAGAGGACUGUGAGUAUUUUUGCUUAAGCCUCAUUCAUGCUAGCGACAUUGUGAUAAUGACAUCAUGUCCUGCUAACGAGUGGGCAAAGCAUGAAAACUUUCCGAACUGUUCAUUAUGUCAGACGUGCUUUACGCCAGAGGACUGUCCGUGCUUAUCAAACGGCACUUGCUUUCCCGGUGUGAGUUGCCUCAAUGUUGGGGUUGGUCUGGCAACAUGUGGACCUUGUCCAAAAGGUUAUAAAGGAGAUGGAAGAACCUGUGAUGACAUCGACGAGUGCGCCCGCGCCAAUCCCUGCUAUGAAAGCGACAAGUGUGAGAACCGUGUUCCUGGUUAUCAGUGUGCCGCAUGUCCUGAUGGCUUCAGAGGGAAUGCUCCGUCUGGGGUUGGUCUGGAAGACGCUCAGAACUCCAAACAAGUCUGUGAGGAGAUCGACGAGUGUAAGGAAGGCAUUAGCAGCUGUGAUCCAAAUUCACAGUGUAUCAACACAAACGUAAGUUUUCUAUGUGGCCCAUGUCAUCCCGGAUUCAUAGGUGAUGGCUACACAGGCUGUCAUCCUGGUGACCUCUGCACCAAUGGUUCCCAUACUUGCCACGAAAAUGCACAGUGCGCCCAAACUGGUGCGGGAAGAUUCAAAUGCAGGAACCUGAAUGUCUACCUUUCGCCUGUAGGUGUUUCUGCUAACGAUACCUGUCCAACAGUGAGCAAUGCUAACCAAACUGAUUCUGAUAGUGACGGUGUAGGGGAUGUUUGUGACAACUGCCCUGCGGAUUCUAACAACGAUCAGAGCGAUACCUAUCAAAGUGGAUAUGGCGAUGUUUGUUCCGGGGCAGGGAAAGACAAGGAUGGUGAUGGUGUACCGGAUGGCUUUGACAACUGUGUUGAUCUCCCAAAUGGCGAACAAGCAGAUGUUGAUAACGAUACAAUAGGAGAUGCUUGUGACGACGAUCAAGACGGUGACGGCAUUUCUAAUCGUGAUGAUAAUUGCCGGUUGGUCAGCAACCCUGGUCAAGAACACGUCAACUUAGCUUACGACGCUAAAGCACAAGCUGUUGGUGAUGUGUGUGUCGAUGACUUUGAUGGCGAUGGUGUGAAGGAUAAUGAUGACCAAUGUCCAUAUGUGGAGCAUAUGAGUAAAACAAGCUUUACAGACCACUUCACAGUUGAUUUGUAUCCCGGACACAGCGAUCAGCUGCCUGUCUGGAGGGUCGCUGUAAAGGGUAUUGAUGUCGAAGAAAUAACCAACACCGCAUCUAGGCGCCCUUCUAUGCUGAUCGGAACACCCAGAUACGGUCCUGUAGACUACUCUGGAGUACUUUAUAUCCAGGGAAGAGACGCCACAGACUACGUUGGCGUGGUGUUUGGCUAUCAAUCAAACCGCAAGUUUUAUGUGGUGAUGUGGAGAAGAGAAAACAGCAACUUCCAGGAGUUGAAUGAUCGGGCAGCAAUUAAAGGCCUUCAGCUGAAGGUGCGUUCAUUGCUAGGCAACAAUGUAGUGAAAGACUUAGCUGCUUAUAAAUUUGAAGUCAACCAACGCAGAGAGCUUGAAGUGUUGAUGUUUCGAACCUAACUUGUUU